UUACGAUAAAGUCUCUUACGAUCAAUGGCACCUAAAUCAUAAUUUCACGUGUAUUUCGUAAAAAUGCGAGAUCCUACAGAGAUUGUGAUUGUAAGCGCUUUACGAUCGCCAGUUGGUAAAUUAAACGGAGCAUUAGCAUCCUUUUCAGCAGCCGAUUUGAGUGUUUUUUUGAUCAAGGAAAUUUUAAAAAAAUGCAAUUUAAACCCUGCUAAAAUCUCAGAAGUUAUCAUAGGGCAAGUAUUAACAGCAGGUCAAGGGCAAAAUCCAUCAAGAAUAGCUAGUGUUAAAUCUGGUAUACCUUAUGAAACUCCAGCAUAUUUGGUCAAUAUGGUAUGUGGCUCAGGUUUAAAAUCUAUUAGUUUAGCCUAUAACUCCUUAAAACUGGAUAAUGAUGGGAUAAUUGUAGCUGGAGGUCAGGAAUCUAUGAGCAAAGCACCAUAUAGUGCAGAUAUCAGAAAUGGUGUGAAAUUAGGUGAUACUACAUUUAAUGAUAUUAUAAUCAAAGAUGGGCUUACAGAUCCUUUCAAUAAUAUUCAUAUGGGUGUCACUGCAGAAAAUGUAGCAAAAAAAUACCACAUAUCACGAGUUAUGCAAGAUGAGUUUGCUUUAAGAUCUCAAUUGAAAUAUCAAUUAGCACAUAAUAAUAAAUAUUUUGAUGAUGAAAUGCUAACAAUAGAGAUUCCAUCUAGAAAAGGAGCAAUAAAAAUCAGUCAAGAUGAACAUCCAAAAAUAAAUUGCACAAUUGAAGAGUUAAAUAAACUAAAGCCUGUAUUUAUAAAAAGUGAAGAGGGUGGAACAGUAACUGCAGGAAAUGCUUCAGGUAUUAACGAUGGGGCAGCCAUCGUGUUGUUGAUGAGCCUAAAUAAAGCCAUAGAAUCAAACCUAAGGCCAUUAGUUAGGAUCGUAGCUUGUGCGGAAUACGGAGUAGAUCCUUCUAUCAUGGGAAUAGCGCCUGUCGGUGCUGUUAAAAAAGCGGUUGAAAAAGCUAAAUGGAAAUUAGAUGAAAUAGAUUUGUUUGAACUUAAUGAAGCAUUCGCAUCACAAUCGAUCGCUGUUAUUCAAGAAUUGGGUAUAUCACCAGAGAAGGUCAAUGUCAAUGGGGGCGCUCUAGCAUUAGGUCACCCCAUAGGGGCAUCUGGGGCUCGUAUAAUGGUAACUCUAAUUCAUUCAUUGAAUCGACUCCAGAAAAUUGAACCCACUAAACCUUUAAAGGGUCUGGCCGCUCUUUGCAUCGGAGGUGGAAUGGGAAUAGCUGUUUGUAUUGAAACUCUUCCUGACGUUUGCAUUUAGAAAGAACAAAAAAAAAAUAUUGCUCAAUUUAAUUUCUUAAAUCGUUUUUUUUAAAUUUUAAUCAUUAUGUUUAAAAUUAAAAUAAUCAUGUCAAAAAUUUAUUAAAUUUAAAUAAUUAAGGCUUUAUACAUUUAUUUUAUUAUAGCAAAUUUUAAUUUAUAUGU